UCCCAUGCAUGCUGACCACUAUCACUCAAACAUUUCUAAACACAUUAAUUCUUCAAAAAAAAGAAACACGAUCAAUCCAUGGGCCAUCACCACCACCCCACCGCCAACCAAGCUCCAGUAGCCGUGGUGGCCGUGCCGUUGCCGGCUCAAGGCCACCUCAACCAGAUGCUGCACCUCUCCUCACUCAUCUCCUCCUACGGCCUCCCAGUCUACUACGCCUGCUCCGCCCUCCACAACCGCCAAGCCCGAGCCCGCAUCCACGCCUCAAACGACGCCGUCUCCCAAAUCCACUUCCACGACUUCCCCACCCCACCCUUCCUCUCCCCUCUCCCCAACCCCAACUCCACAACCAAAUUCCCCACGCAGCUUCUCCCAGCGAUGGAGGCCACCCUCACCCUCCGCCCCCUCUUCGCCGCCUUCCUCCAGGAAUUGGCGGGAAAAUUCAAAAGAGUCGCCGUCGUCCACGACUCGUGGAUGUCGUACGUGGUUCAAGACGUUGCGGCUAUCCACAACGCCGAAUCUUACGAGCUCGUCUGCAUCUCUGCCUUCUCCACCAUCUCCUUCAUCUCCGGAUUUCUAGGGCUUCCUUUCCCUCUCCCCCAUCCGAAUGAAUUGCCCCCUUUCCAAGAUUGGAUGUCGGAUGAGGCAAACAGCUUCGCUGCUCUCCAAUCAGAGCUCUCCGAUUUCAGAUCUGGAUGCAUCUACAACACCUCCGGAUUGAUCGAAGCACCUUAUCUCCAAGUUUUAGAGAAAGACGAGAGGAACAAGAGCAGGCCUAUUUGGGGAAUAGGACCCAUUUUUCCUAAAUCAAUACCAAUUUUACAAAAUCAGCACGAAUGCUUAAAUUGGCUCGAUAAGCAGGAUCCGAAUUCCGUGAUCUACGUCUCGUUUGGGACGACGGUCUCGUUGGCAGACGAUCAGAUCAAGGAGAUUGCCGAGGGGCUAGCGCAGAGCGGGGUGAAGUUCCUUUGGGUGCUGAGAGAUGCCGAUAAAGGCGACGUGUUCGAUGGAGACGUGAGGAGGGCCGAGCUGCCGGAAGGGUUUGGGGAGGGAGAGGAGGGGAUGGUGGUGAGAGAAUGGGCGCCGCAGCCGCAGAUACUGGCGCAUCCGGCGGUGGGGGGGUUCAUGAGCCACUGCGGGUGGAAUUCGUGCGUGGAGAGCAUGACGGCGGGGGUGGCGAUCGCGGCGUGGCCUAUGCAUUCCGACCAGCCGAGCAACGCCGCGCUGGUUGCGGAUAUCCAAACAAUGAAUGAAAAGAAAAUACUAAUUAAGUUGAAUCAUAGAAAGGAUGUCCCUUGA